CAGCACUACUCUUACAUUUGACAUAUUUAGUAAAUACUAAGAAAUCAUAACAUAUUAAUUAUGAAGGAUAUAAAUGUGUUUAAACGCUUUUUAAGUGAUGUUAAAUAUGUAAAUGAAUUACGUCAACUGCAGCACAUAAAUGAUAGCUGCAGCCGACAAAAUAGGGGCACGAUCAACAAAGUGAAACGAAGACGGGCGAGAUUUCAUCCAAUGGAGCAAAUGAAUGAAAUAGAAUUUCGUAAAAAAUACCGCUACACUAAAGAAAAUAUGCGUCGAAUAAUUGAAAUUGUGCGAGAUGACAUUGAAGUUGACUAUUAUCAGUCAAUGAAAAGGAAUCAGGUGCCCAUAGACCUGCAAAUAUUAUCGGCAAUACGGUUUUUCGGUGGCACUGAGCAUCCCCAACUGACGGCCAUGGCACAUGGCGUUAGCUUGCACACAAUGGCUAAGAUAACACGUCGUGUCGCAUCCGUGCUGUCAUCGAAAGCAUCGCGGUACAUUCGAAUGCCAGCAACACUUUCGGAAAAGGAACGAAUGAUGCGCUCAUUUCAAUCGCUAUCAAAUAUGCCCCAAGUAAUUGGUGCCCUGGUGCAAACCACUGUGCGAUUGCAACUUGAAGCUUCGCGUGGGCAAGCUAACAAAAGCUGCCACAGUGGAACACAGUCGCCAAUGGCAACGGAAGAGCUUGUGCACCUUCAAUUGGUUUCUGAUGCAGAGCAUAAAAUAAGAGAUUUGGACAUACGUCUUUCAGACGAACUAGAUCUAAAUACUGCCCCGGAGCUUUUCUCAUUAUCAAGAAUUAAGGAACGCUUUGAACAAAACGAAUUUCGUGGACGCAUUCUUCUCGGAAAUGAUUCUCUUUCUUGCUCAUCCAGCCUAUUUACUCCAGUCCAAUACCCCCGAAACAAAUCCGAGGAACUCUAUAAUCAAGCUCAUGCCGUAACCUUUGCACCGGCUGUAAAAUGUCUUAACAUCUGGUUUCGUCGAUUUGGAAUUCUUGGCAGUGAACUUUUAGGUACAUUCGGAUCUGCAAAACAGACAAUUACCGCAUUGGCGCUGCUUCACAAUAUGGCCAUGGAUUGGAAUGAUCCUAGCGUGGUUAAAUUUACACUUUCAGAUGCUGAGAGCAAUGCCUCCUUCUAUAAACCAAUCUUUCUACCAUCUGCUCACGGUUUAGAAGAACAACGUAAUAGAAAAGAGUUCAUUAAAUCGCAUUUUUCGGGAAAUUAAAAAACAAUAUAUUCUAAUAUCAUGGUUUACAAAGUAUUAUAGUAUUUCGAUCUUACUCAAAUCAGUCAUAUUUAUGUUGUAGAAUUAAUAAUUAUUAUUUACAAUAUAACUUUCUUCUUUUUAA